AUGCGCACGUGCGUACUUCGGGUUGGGACCAACAUGUGUUCGAUGCCUCGGCUCUUAUUUGCCUGCGUUGCGGGUGCGUCUGCUCUGCACGUCAUGGACGAGCCGUCCACGACGACGGUCGUCCAGGACGAGCGACGAGUUUUGCUGCUCGGCUGUUCGCUGGACCGGAAUGCGCUUAUGGAGUUCUGCGACGGCCAUGGCGAGCAAACCGAUUAUCCAGUGGAGUCCGCUUGGUGUAUCAACGAAGACCUCCACCUUAAAAUGGGCUACAUAUACCACCCUGGUGUUGGGGCCAAUGGUGACCUUCAUAAACCGACCGCACUCGCGAAGGGUCCGUCGACCGGCGCAAUCUUGAAAACAUAUGCGAACGCGACGUCCUUCUAUAUGCUCAACGGGAACCCCCACCUGGUCGUGGUGGAUAGCUCGUUGUGGGACCUAUUGGUGUGGAGGCUUGGCACCCUCGGUGACCGACACGGGAUGUCAGCCUCUGAAGCAAAGGUUCCUCCACCGAAGAAGGUGACCCAGGAGCGCGUGCAGCAGUGGUGCUCGCACGACCUGCCUGGCUUGCUGCAGAGAGUGUCUGAGAUCUUUCCGACAAGCCGCAUCGCCUUCCGGACUGCCCCGACGAUCGAUCACACGCCCACGCACGAAAAGUUUGAGAAGCGCGACAUCGCAUUGCUUUACAAGUGCAUCAGCUCGUCCACGACCAAUGGGAUGCUGUUUGGCAAGUACGAGGUCAUCGAUUACCAUGCGAUCAUGGCCAAGCUAAUCAAGCGCAAGGUGCCCAAUUUAUACAGAAUUGACGGCUACCACCCGAGCGAGUACCCCUCGAGACUCUACGUCAACGAGAUUCUCCGGCGCGUUGGCAUGAAUCCGCAGGACCCUCCAGAACCGACGCUCGAGGACGAGAGUACAGCACGCAAGGCGAGGUUCGAGAAGGCAGGCCAAGGCGAUGCCAAUGACUUGGAGGACCUGACAGACUUGAUGUGA